UCCGGGAUGUAGGGGUGAGCAAAAUGACAGCUGGUUGUUUUCAUCAACAAGGGAAUUUCAAAGUAGACAUUAAAGCGUCAUGCUGUGAAGGCCUUCCAAGUCCUCACUUUUCUGACCUGUACUGACCAAAUCCUGACAACUGACCAAAGGCACCAGCAUUUCUUCUGGGGAUGACUGUCAGCCCCAUCAGCCACUCUGGAGCCAUCAGUACAGAGACAUAAGAACACGGUGAGCGGUGGUAGUGGUCAAAUCAAGGAAAACGUCUCCUCAGCUGAGGGGGGGGUCGUUCAGAGGGACGGAGCCAUGGAGCCACCGGAGGACAUGAAGGGUCGUACCUUUGUGGAGGUGAUCAGUGAAAAGUACAGCCCAGAGAACUUCCCAUACCGCAGAGGACCUGGUAUGGGGGUGGUGGUUGUGCCCACUGUGUGUCUUCAAGGCUCCCCUAUGAAAGACCGUCUGAACCUGCCCAGUGUGCUGGUGUUGAAUAGCUGUGGGAUCAGCAGGGCAGGAGACCAGGCUGAGAUUGCUGCUUUCUGUUCCCAUGUCAUGGAGCUGGACUUGUCCCAUAACAAGCUGCAGGACUGGCAUGAGAUCAGUAAAAUAGUGUCCAACAUCCCGAACCUGGAGUUCCUCAACCUGAGCUCCAACCCCCUGGCAGGAAUGACCCUGGAGCCGCGGUGUGCUGAGGCCUUUUCCCGGGUCAGACGCUUCGUCCUCAACAACACUCAAGUGUCCUGGGACACUGUGCUGCUGCUCACUCGAGAAAUGCCUGAGCUGGAGGAGCUGUUCCUGUGCCUUAACGAGUACAGUAAUGUGAGUGCCUCUGGCGUGGCCUGCCCCACCCUGCGCCUGCUUCACAUCACCGACAACAGCCUCCAGGACUGGGCCGAAGUCCGCAAGUUUGGCUCCAUGUUCCCCUGCCUGGACACUCUGGUCAUGUCCAACAACAACUUGGGAUCCAUUCAGGACAGCAAAGAUAUCCUGCAACGGCUCUUCCCCAACCUACGCAGCAUUAACCUGCACAACUCAGGUCUAAACCGAUGGGAAGACAUUGAGAAGCUGAACUUCUUCCCUAAGUUGGAGGAGGUGCGACUGCAGGGCAUUCCCUUAUUACAGACCUACACCAAUGCAGAGCGUCGCAGCCUCAUGAUAGCACAGCUUCCUGGAAUAUCACUGCUAAAUGGCAGCGUUAUAACUGACAGUGAGAGAGAGGAUGCAGAGAGGUUCUUCAUCCGUUACUACUUAGACUAUCCUGAGGAGGAGCUGCCUUACAGAUAUCAUUGCCUGGUAACCAAGUACGGGAAGCUGGAACCACUUGCCGAGAUUGACCUCCGACCUCGCUGCCGUGCCCAGGUGGAGGUUCACUGUGAAGAAAAAGUCGAACAGCUGAGCAUCCGUUUGGACCAGACCGUAGCCGAGCUGAAGAAGCAGCUGACAACAGUAGUCCAGCUGUCCACCAACAGCAUGAGGCUCUACUACAUCGACAAGUGUAGUGCGUUUGGUCCAGAGGAAAUGAAGUACAACACCCGGGCUCUCCACUCCUACAGCAUCCAAGAUGGUGAUGAAAUACUGGUGGUACCCAAGACCAAAUGAACAGCGGGUAUUAAACUGGCUGAUUAGAAUGACUCCUUGAUUGAUUGAUUGGUUCAUUGGAUUAUUUGUUCAUUGGUUAACUGACAUUGCAGAAUUAUUGGAAAACGCAUAUGGAACAGUGUCAGCGGCCCACUUGUUGUGGGUGAAUGGAGAGAAAGUAAAAGAAGAAAAGGCAAAAGGGAUGCGAACCCCAUCAUGGAGACUGUACAGUGGACGACAGUGGGCUGCUGGGAGUCUCUGGCUGGAAAAGCAGAGAGUAUUGUGUCUUUAUUUAUUUCAGCUUUAUGUGAGGGCAUCCACUGGAGUUAGUGCACAGAUCUGUCACAGUGGAGAGCAGGCCGAGAGAGCAACUCGCAGUCAGCUAGCAGCUUAAGCGGAGGGGAGGGCGCUGCUGUACCAGCAAAGCUUCGCUGCGGCUCUAUCUCUUAGUACACGGCAUGUACCAUAGCACCUGCAUAGGCAAGUAUCCAACACCACUGGCUUGCCCACUUGUCGCAAAAGCUAUCCUGCUUAGUGUGAGGCAGUGCUGGUGAAUGGAGAGGGACUGCUGUUCUCCUCUGCACUUUUACUGUAGGCACAAUAUGAGGAAGAACGUUGUGUGUUAAAGGAAAAAUGCUGACGAAUAUACUGCUAAAUGUAGAGGUUGAGGAAAACAAGCAAUUUUGGGUCCAUUGGUGUUUUCCUUUGUAUUUCUGUGAAUAAUUGGCACACAUUAGAAUAAGUUAUAUCACAUUCAGGAUGUUUGGCAAAAUACCAACAAAGAACAAGGGAUUCUUUCUACACAAGACAUUUAACAAGCAGUGGGAAAUUUACCAUAGAAGAAGCUGAUUUUAAAUCCUUAUAUGUUUUGAGACAUAUACAAAGGCUUUUCCUUAAGUAACAACAUGUCUGAAAGGAAUUGUCUUAAAAUUACAUCUAUUGCUUCUCCCUCAUUGAAAAAGAUCCAGAACUUAUGAAUAUGCAAAUAUUGCGUGUUCUAGACUGGAUAAAAAAAUAUCUCCUGCUGACAAGGCCACUCUCAUCCCACUUGUGUAAUACUGGACCGUGACUGGCUUCCAAACCAGCUGUCAUGUCACAGAAAAUCAACUCGUAUGUACGUGUGUUAAACUGAGAUUUAAGGUGGGCACAGAGAAAUUGGGCCCCUUCAGCAGAUGAAUAUGAUAUAUAAUUUUAUAUAAUUUUCUGCUGUCAAACUCCACACAGUGAAGGUCAAACAUUUAAGUGAAGUAAAAAAAAAAAAAAAAAAAGGAAAACCCAUUUGUGAGUGAAGGGA